UGCCUGAGCCAGAAGCAUUACCGACCGAUGACGUUGCGAGGGAGGUGGCUGGGAUGAGGGCAACUUGGUGAUCUCCGGCUUUCUUUAGCUUCAGCCCAAAGCCCUCGAAUAAUGCUCAGUGUUUUGACGCUUGCUCUUGAGCGUUCUCUGUUUUCUCCCAAGACUCACCUCCGCCGCAACUGAAAGCAAAACCAGAGAGGAAGCUUGCGAAACAGAUUUGCAAAGUUGUAUUGGAUCAUUUUGAAAAGCAGUAUUCCAAAGAACUUGGAGAUGCAUGGAAUACAGUAAGGUCACUAAUCUUCUAGGUCCCAGUUCUGCUGAUUGUUGAUGUAGUUGAACUCCUGGUUGGAGAGCAGUAAGUGAAGCAGCUUCAGAAUCUUGAGAGGAGGACUGAAAUGCGGCAUCUGGCCAGUGUCUUCGGACAUACUAACAUCUCCAUCUUGUUGGCAAUAUGCUGUUCUUCUUAACAGAUUCAAUUACCCUUUUGAACUGGAAAAGGAUUUACAUCUGAAGGGCUAUCACUCACUCUUUCAAGGAUCUUUACCCUACUAUCCUAAAUCAAUGAAAUGUUACCUUAGCAGAACUCCUCACAGAAUGCCUUCAGAAAGACACCAAAUUGGAAACCUAAAAAAAUACUAUCUCCUGAAUGCCGCCUCCCUUCUCCCAGUACUGGCUCUGGAAUUGAGGGAUGGGGAGAAGGUUCUGGAUCUGUGUGCCGCCCCUGGAGGCAAAUCUCUAGCUCUGCUGCAGUGUGCUUAUCCAGGUUAUCUUCAUUGUAAUGAAUACGAUAGUCUGAGAUUGAGGUGGCUGAGGCAGACGUUAGAAUCUUUCAUCCCACAGCCUUUGGUAAAUGUAAUUAAAGUGUCUGAAUUGGAUGGCAGAGAAAUGGGAGAUGCCCAGCCUGAAACCUUUGACAAGGUAUUAGUUGAUGCUCCAUGUUCAAAUGAUCGAAGUUGGUUGUUCUCUUCUGAUUCUCAGAAGGCUGCCUGUAGGAUAAGCCAAAGGAGAAAUUUGCCUCUUCUACAGAUAGAACUCUUGAGAAAUAGAAAAAAUGAUCCAAAAAUUUAUAUGGAACCACAGAAGACCCAGAAUUACGAAAGGAAUCCGGAGGAACAAAAACAAAGCAAGCAUAGCCCUCCAAGACCUCAGACAACACUGUGGAGCUUCAGUAAUCAAAAUGGUGUGGUGGCACAGAAACAGACAUGGGUCAAGGGAAGAGAACUGAGAGCCAGAAAUAAACCCACACACCAAUGGACAAUUAGUCUUCAACAAAGAAGGUCUGCAAUUAAGGCCCUACGUCCUGGGGGGCUGCUUGUAUACUCUACGUGCACACUUUCCAAGGCAGAAAAUCAAGAUGUGAUCAGUGAAGUUUUAAACUCCUACAGUGACAUCAUGCCUGUGGACAUUAAGGAAAUGGCAAGGACUUGCUCCCAAGACUUCACAUUUGCUCCCACUGGCCAGGAAUGUGGGCUCUUGGUGAUUCCAGAUAAGGGUAAAGCCUGGGGCCCAAUGUAUGUUGCGAAACUGAAAAAAUCAUGGACGACUUGAAAUUGGAGAUAUGCCUUUUGGGAACCGUUAUAUUGAUAACACAUGCAUGUAUUAUUAUAUUUCUUUUUCUAGUCUCUCUGCAUGUUAAUAUUUAAAUAAUAAUGAAUUCGCUGGAUCUGAUUGGAAUCCUAUUUAGUUAAUGUGGCAUUUCAGAACUUUUCAGGUGUAUUUUUUUCCUAGAAGUGUUUCUAUAGUAAUGAUUUAAGAUGCUGCAGAUGGUGUUUGUGCUAUAUAAUAAAUCUCUACUGUCUUUUACUUGGC